GCCGUGCUCACGUGUGCUUCCCCCGCAGAUGCUGGAUGAGAACCACCAUCUGAUCCAGUGCAUUCUGGACUACCAGAGCAAGGGCAAGACGGCCGAGUGCGCCCAGUACCAGCAGAUCUUGCACCGGAACCUGGUCUACCUGGCCACAAUCGCGGACUCCAACCAGAACAUGCAGUCCCUGCUCCCCGCCCCGCCGACCCAGAACAUGAACCUGGGCCCCGGAGCGCUGUCCCAGAGCAGCUCCAGCCAGAGCCUGCACUCCCAGGGCAGCCUCAGCGAUGCCCUUGGCACGGGCCUGCCUCCGUCCUCCCUCAUGCAGGGCCAGAUUGGCAACGGUCCAAACCACGUGUCCAUGCAGCAGACGGCCCAAAGCACGCUGCCCACCACCUCCAUGAGUAUGUCCGGUAGCGGCCACGGCUCGGGGCCCGGCUACAGCCACUCAGGACCCACCUCACAGAGCGUGCCCCUGCAGGGCCAGGGUGCCAUCGGCAACUACGUGUCACGGGCCAACAUCAACAUGCAGUCCAACCCAGUGUCCAUGAUGCACCAGCAGGCAGCCUCGUCCCACUACAACUCGGCCCAGGGCGGCAGCCAGCACUACCAGGGCCAGUCAUCCAUCGCCAUGAUGGGCCAGAGCGGGCAGGGCAGCACCAUGAUGGGCCAGCGGCCCAUGGCGCCCUACCGGCCCUCCCAGCAAGGGUCGUCGCAGCAGUACCUGGGCCAGGAGGAGUACUAUGGUGGCGAUCAGUACGGCCACAGCCAGGCCGCCUCAGAGCCCAUGAGCCAGCAGUACUAUCCCGAUGGACACGGCGACUACGCCUACCAGCAGUCGUCCUACACAGAGCAGAGCUACGACCGGUCCUUCGAGGAAUCCACGCAGCACUACUAUGAGGGCGGAAACUCGCAGUACGGCCAGCAGCCGGCGGGGUACCAGCAGGGCGCAGCCCAGCCGCAGACAGGGUACCAGCAGCAGUACUCCAACCAGCAGACCUACCCCGGGCAGCAGCAAGGCUACGGGCCGGCCCAGGGAGCUGCCUCGCAGUACUCCGGCUACCAGCAAGGACAAGGCCAGCAGUACGGAAGCUACAGGGCAUCCCAGACGGGCCCGUCCGCCCAGCAGCAGCGGCCUUACGGCUAUGAGCAGGCAAGACCCGGCGCGUCCGUGGAGACAUGACGAAGGGCCAGUAUGGAAAUUACCAGCAGUAAGGAACGAGCACUCUUGUUAGAGCCUUGUGGUGGCAUGUCCCUCCGGGGAUGGCCGGGCCAGUGGCAGUUCUGAUGAGCCACGACCUCUCGGUUGCCCUUCCGGCCCACGCAGCGUCUGCAUGUGACGCGUGCACACUUCACGCUGGGUGUGAUGCCGAGCGUGCACCGCGGGCGAGAGACAGCGCUUCGAUGGUGUGACCUAUCUGGUGCUGUGUAUAGUGUUGUAUGUCCAUACAGUGGAGAGGUUGUCUCCUUUUUGUCUCCCCCUCCUUGAUGUUUCUAGCUAGCUUUAGGGAUCCUUUUGUCAUCAGAGUGUUCUGAGCCCAGGCAUGGGACACAGCUACAAGAUGCCACAGUCCAUGUGUUCACAUAAGCGAGCCUCGGGUCUGACUCCUCACACACUUGUCGUAACGUGGGUUGUAAACUUGUCUCUCACUGGCUACACCACAGCUGGACACACGCCACAGCCCCUGGAUGGCCACCUCUUCCUGUGCCUCGAUGGGUG